GCAUGCACCGGAUGCAUUUACGCAUGCGCAGUCCGUGGUAGGGCUAUCGUUCCCGGUAUGAACGGUGGGGAGGGAGGCCAGGAGGCGAAAGCGGCGGAUUCGGCCUCCCUACGGACUCCUAGGGAGCCGGGCCUUUAUGGAGGAGACGGUGCAGGGAAGACGCGCGUUUCACAAGCGCCCUAGGGGCCCGGUCUGGAAGGAGACUUACCGGCAGCGAUGCCUUCAGAGAAUGAAAAGCAGCCGGGCCCAACUCCUGGACAAAUAUCGCCGAGUGGGAGGGGUCCACUGUGGCCUCAUGGCCCAGGAAGUCAUGGAGAUGGAGUGGCUGGCUCUGCAGUCUGCACACGAGAGCCUGGAGGCCCAGAGGCGUAGCGACAGUUUUGUCCAGGUGGCAGAUCCUGAGGAACUUGAGGUCUUGGAAGAAAUUCAGCAGGAGCUGAUGAGUCAAGAACAAGCCUUCAUUGAGGAGUAUGAGAGGGGCCUGCAGUUUGAUGACACAUGUCUCUGGGCCCUGCUGGAGGGGCUUCAGGCAGAUGGGGUCAUCUGCCCCGUGUGUUCCAGGCACAAUCUGAGCGUGAUGAGAGGCAGGGUCCUGUGUCAGUGUGGUCUUCACCUCUUCUCCCAGGCUCCAGAACUGACAGAGCAGACCUUCCGAGCCCUCUUAGAGGAAAGUGUGAACAGACACAGCGAGACGUGUGCCCACAGGCCUGAGUUUUCUGUCACCAGUGGAACAGAAGAAAGUGCCAGUCUUCUCCUGAGCUGUGCGGUCUGUGAUACUCUGACUGUGCUGCUCUGACUGCCUUUCUCCCGAGUCAAGGGUCAAGAUUCUGUGGACAAUGCUGCUUAUUCCUAGGUGUGGGGAGGGAGCUGAGGAGCCAGGCUGACGUGGCACAGGUUUACAAGCGUUUUAUUUCUCAUUUUUGUGGGGAUGUACAAAAAUGCCAGCAGAGCAAGCAAAUAAAAGUGGUUAGGAAACAUAA